AUGGAGUCAUUAUACUCUUCAAUUUCAACAUGGCGGGCAAGCGAAGCACAGGAAGGGGCCCAGCAGAGCCUACCUAGCAGUAGCAAUUUCCCUAUGCUCUGUUCUCGAAGCCCAAUUCCAGCUAGACCGCCAAGCAAGCACGAUCUUCAAGAUACAGCCGGAUCUAGAGGUCUGGGAGGAACAAGCACUGCUGAUGCUAUUAUAUUUCGUCAAAUAUGCGAAGAUGAAGGGGCCGGGAAAAUGGCUCUUACAGAAGCUGAUAUCAGUGCGGCUUUUGAGCUUUGCAGCAGCUUCGAUAUUCUCCACUGUGUCGAACGUCUCAAGACCCUUAUUUUGCAUAUGUCAAUUACACCCCAUGGCCGUCCUGUGGAGGAAUUUGGAAUACUUGGAAUGGACGACCCUAAAGUUGUCCUUCGACGACUUGGAGGAUUGCUCACAUCAAGCUCCCACGUAAGUGGCAAUGACAAGUUGAGAUCUUUCCGAACAGCGUGGAAUCUCAUUUCAUUGGUGGAAUCGGUCGAUUGUGAAUUGAACAUAGCAAUCAAAGAGAAAACUACGCGCCGGCUAUCUACGUAUAAGCAUUUAGAGAGGAAAUGGAGCUUUGCAGGCGAACAGGAUGCAAUUGCUCCCAAAAUAAAUUGGACAAAACUAUUGGAGCAAGGCCGAGUCUGGAAGAACUGGUGCAAGGCACUCUCGAGUGGGACCGUUCAGGACCGUGGGGUUCUAUUAUUGCUGAUGGCUAUCAAGAUUGACUUGAGAACCCCAGUUACAUCGCUAUCUGGAAAUGAGACGCCCCAAUUUCGGAACAGUGAUUAUGAAAUCAAAGGAGGGAAGCUCAAAUGGUUUCAAAUCCGGUGGAUCGAGAGAUACAUUCUCAGACAUAUUCCUGCAGUUGAGCAACUUGCAAAGUUCCUGGAUCCUUGGGCUGUCAUCAUUUUCAAGAGAGACUGGCUAGGCAGGAGGGAGAAACAGAAGUGUUUGGAUGGCCUCCAGGAGUUUCUUUCUCAGUAG